AGGGCUCUGGCCGACAUCCUAAGGCAGCAGGGACCAAUCCCAAUCGGACACUGUGAAAGAGAGACAAUCUCGGCCAUAGAUACCUCCCCCAAAGAGAACACCCCAGUCAGGACCUCCUCCAAAAACCAGUACACACCAGUACGCACCUCCAAGAGCAACCCAGGUCACUAUGGGAAGGAUAUUUAUCGCAGUGGAGGGCCAGAUCUCCAUAAUUUCAUCUCCUCCGGCUUUGUCACGUUAGGAAGAGGACACACGAAGGAUGACCAAGAACAAAAUUAUAAUCACCUGAUACUAAACAGUGACAACCAGACACCUACACAUGACAAGCCACGAAUGAACAACAUCCUGACUUCAGCCACCGAGCCCUACGACCUGUCCUUCUCCCGCUCCUUCCAGAACCUCUCCCACCUCCCGCCCUCCUACGAGUCUGCUGUCAAGACCAACCCCAGUAAAUACUCAUCUCUCAAGAGACUCACUGACAAAGAGGCUGACGAGUACUACAUGAGGAGGAGACACCUGCCCGACCUGGCGGCCCGGGGCACGCUGCCCAUCAACGUCAUCAAAAUGUCCCAGCAGGGCAACCAGCGGGACAGGCCGCGCCGCCCCAUCAGGGCCAUGUCCCAGGACAGGGUGCUGUCCCCGGAGAGGAUCAUGCCCGAGGAGUUCAGCAUGUCCUACGAGCGGAUCCUGUCGGACGAGCAGCUGCUGUCGGCAGAGCGCCUGCACUCCCAGGACCCGCUGCUGUCCCCGGAGCGCUCGGCCUACCCCGAGCAGUCCAUGUCCAGGGCGCUGUCACACACGGAUGUCUUUGUGUCAACACCGGUCUUGGAUCGCUACAGGAUGUCAAAACUGCACUCCCAUCCCAGUGCCUCAAAUAACUUGUACAACACCUUGGGUAUGAACCCGACCUCGGCCAAGCGCCAAGCGUUCGCCUCGCGCCGGCACAACACGGUGGAGCAGCUGCAUUACAUCCCCGGGCACCACCACCACUACCGCACCGCCAGCAAAACCGAGGUGACUGUUUGACACGACCCAGUGCAUUGUAGAUACUCCUUAAGGACUGGGGUGGCCACAGCACCCCGUUCUGCAGUGGCCUUAUAGGCCAAGAUAACCUCUACUAACUCAGUGUCUGCAAAGACUUCUCUGGCAGUCCCACCCACGUUGUUUUUAAAGCCACCCUUCCAUCAGUGACACAGGAAGAACUGAAGCGGCAGUCAGACACUAGUGAGGGAUGACAGAGGGAAUUUCCUGGUGUGCAUCAGUUUCUGUCAAAGAAAGCCAUAGUAAUCGAUGGCUCCUUCCAAGGGCUCACCUGCAUUACCCCAUAGUUUCCAUGAAUUCAGGACUUUUCAGUUGCUCCAAGGAGAAGCAGCCUGAGACAGGGAGGAGGAAAUGCAGCCCCCCCCCCCCCCCCCC